UCAUUCAUAGCGGUGGUGGAUGGUUCAAGAACUUCAGCUAAACUGUAUUCGGCUACAGAACGACUAGGGAUUUCUAUCCUCAAUUCGAAAGGGGGCAAAUUCGAAGGGAAACUGAGGGAGAUGAGAAAUGCAUCAGAGCUCAUAGACAAAGAGCUGCAAACUCAAGCUACCUACAAAGGUCUCGGCUCACUUGGCGAAAUCACAUCAGACGUCCAUAUCGUCAUGGACAAGAUCGACAGAAUCCUGGAGCAGGUCCAACAUCUUUCAGAUUACACAUUGCAGCUGCAGCUCGACAACGAGCUGCUGGCUUUGACGCACGAAAAUACCAGAUCGGCCAGAGCCGUCCUCUCCGAACUGAAAUCGCUUCCGCUAUCGAUAACACACGCAAUCCUCGAUCAAAUGCAAGGUACAUUGGACCUGACUAGAAUAAAGCAAUGGCUUGUUUUGAGUGCCGUGGGAAAAUCACCACCGGUGCCUCACGCGGAUGGCACUUGCUAUUGGAUCUUGCAACACCCCUCUUUUUUGAAAUGGACUCACUCUGAGAAAACCCUGGUCCUUUGGGUUCAGGGGUAUCAAGGUUGCGGAAAGUCGGUCAUGGCUGGGUAUCUCCAAGAGCACUUGACAGUCGAAGGUUCCAAUACCUUAUUUUACCGAUUCCAGCGCUCUGCUUCGACUACGCAAUCCACUCCGACAAGCUUUGCAAGUUCUCUUAUUUCCCAACUGCUCGAGAAGUCGACAGGGUUAUCCCCAGGUACCGGUGCUUAUCAUCAGCUUCAAAAUUUCGCAACACAAUGUCCUCUUGGCCCCCAGCAAUGCGCCUUCAAGAUGGUAUGGGCCGUUGCGGCCUCUCUGUUGAAGAUGUGCGGAUCACGAUUCAACCUCAUUAUCGAUGCAAUGGAUGAGUGCUUGUUCGACGGCCCCUCCCUACCGGGAAUAUCUGCUUUUCUCGACGCUCUGUUCGGAUCGAUACGAGAAACCCGAAGCAAGGUUCUGAUAUUCACGCGGCCUGAGCCCAUGUUCGUCACUGCCAUGCAGUCCAGUCUGUCGAUAUUUAUGGCCGAGGACCUUCUUUUGCCCGACGUCAUGACGUUUGCGAGGAGAGAAUACGAGCAGCUUGGACUCCCAGACUCCGAAAUGGAUCAGGUUUUGGAGCUUGUCCACUCCUCUUCCCACGGGUCCUUUCGCUGGGCUGAAUUGUUUCUACAUCACCUUGGACAGUCCCUGCAGAUGGCGGACCUCCGGACCAGGAUGCGAACCUUGCCGCCUUCAAUCAGCGAGCUUUACCGGCAAUCGCUGCUAAGUGGUGUUCAGAGACUCAGCCAAGACGAGCUCGAGUGUCGCAAGGCUCUCUUAUUGGCCGUCUUCCAAGCUCAGCGACCGUUGAGGACGACUGAAAUUGCUGACGCAUUCUCGCUACGGCCUGAAAGGGCAGAGAUCAUCAUCUCUGGCCUGUGCAAGCCGUUGGCCAGUACCUUCGGUGGCUUCUUCCACUUGUCACAUCCAUCUGUUCGGGAAUUCUUCGAGCUCUACCACCAGGCGGGUGAUAGCACGCUUGGAAUCUCAUUCUCAGAUUCCCAUGGCCUGCUCGCAGAGAAGUGUCUGUCAUGCCUUUUGGAAGAGAGAUACGCAGACCUGCAUCGCAUCGGAAGCUACUUGAUAGCGAAUUACGACGAGAAUGCCCGCGUAGAUACCGACGCACAACUUUGCGAGGGCAGCUUCUACGAUUAUGCCUUCAGAUUCUGGGAUUGCCACUUGGUCCGGACCAAGGUGCCCAGCAAGAACCUACUCCGGCAGGCCAACAAAUUCAUCCUGAGCUUGCAGUUCGCAUACUGGUCUGAACGCUCUCGGCAAGACUGCGGACAGCUGGUUCGGGUGAUUGUAGCCUUUGGUUCCCUCGUACCAUGGCACAAGGGGCUUUUGAGGGAAGACCAGGCGCUCUUGGAGUUGGACAAGUACUUUGAGCGAGCCUACUCCCUCCUUGGUGCUGCAUUCGAUUCCAGCAAAAUGGACAAGGUUCUUCCGUGGUUGGCCCGUAUGACCAUGGGCGACUUCUACUUCAUCAAAUUUCUUCCUGACAAGGCAACAUCGACGCGCCAACAAGUUCUGGCAGGACUUCAAGGCCUCCUUGGACCGCGGCAUCGCCUCACGCUUUGUGCCAAAUCAGGCGUGGCAUACGUCCGCCUCUAUGCGGGCAAAAUGCGCGCGUCCCACAGAAUGUAUAACGAGGUGGUCGACAUCCAGCGGGAGGUGCUUGGGGAGCGUUCCUCACAGUUCCUCGAGACUCUCCUUUACAAGGGUCAGAGCGAAUACUAUAUGGCAGAUUUUGUGGCAGCCGUCAUGACCUGGACAAAGCUUUCGGCUGAGUGCCUAGGACUUCUGGGCCCAGAUAGUUGGCUAUACCUUGCGACGCAAUGGUGGUAUGCCCAAGGUGUGGCAAACAUUGGCCAAUUGGACCUUGGGCUUCGGAUCUUCCAGUCUCUCGUCCAGAAGAGACACGAGCUCUUCGGCCCAGGCGACAGCUUUGCCAAUGUGGCCGAGGCAAGUGUCGGAGAAAGCCAAUUGCUUCUUGGCCGACAUGAGGAAUCGAUUGCCACGAUACGGGAUGUCCUCGUGUGGCGGCGCGAGGUCUAUCCGCCCUCCCACAUCAUGCGACUUGACAUCGAGAUUACGCUUGCGAUUGCCUAUCAGGCCGCAGGCAUGAAACAAGCUGCACUGGCCAUGGUUGAAGAGAUAGAAGAGGGAGCGGGUAACCUCCAUUCCCGGUUUGAGACGUACUGCCAAGUUGCUCAUCUGAAGGGCCUCCUUCUGGCCCAGGAGGGGUCCAUCGACGAGGCUAUCCAUCUCUUGCAGAACACGGUAACGCAGGCCGAGGAAGACCAAAAUAACAGAGCAUUGUUGUGGAUUCGCCUGGACCUUGCGACCUUGUUGAGGCGGCGGGAUGCAGAGGGCGACAGAGACCAGGCCAGUGCCAAUUUUGACAACACUGUCAAGGACAUAUCCGGCGACUACGAUCCCGGAUUCGAGGACGAGCCCGACCCACCGAGAUUUCUGGCCGCAACGGAGAAGGCUCUGAGGUUAGUUAGAGCGAGGAAACACGCCGAGGCUCGUCGGGAACUCGACUCGGAACAACUUGACUGGCGCAGGCCAAGCGACUUCUGGCUGUGGGUGGGAGGCACGUUCUGUAAAGACCUCUUGCAGAUUACCGACUCAGCUCUCGCAAGAGCAGGCUAGCUACGCUGAGGAGAGGUAUGCGCUUGCUGAAGCGGUAGAGAUGCCAUCGGCGAUUGUGGCGAGGCUGGUUGUAUCAUACGCGUGAUAGACUCGCUGUGCCGUGCAACGGUUGACUAGGCUCCUUUGUUGGCUGUGCUCUCUGCUGGUAACGUAGGUGCCAUCAAUUCUGAUUCUGG